ACUUUUGCACAACUGAACUACUGUAAAAGUUUCCCUGGUGUUUCUAAGCUGCUCUGCUACGGUCACACCAUAGAAGAUACCUGGAAAGUUCUCAACAUUUUUCGUUUUGAUAAAUUAAUUAAUUCAUUCGAAAUGGUGGUUAAAGCUGUCUGCGUAAUUAACGGCGAUGCCAAGGGCACGGUUUUCUUCGAACAGGAGAGCAGCGGUACGCCCGUGAAGGUCUCCGGUGAGGUGUGCGGCCUGGCAAAGGGUCUGCAUGGAUUCCACGUGCACGAGUUUGGAGACAACACCAACGGCUGCAUGUCAUCCGGACCCCACUUCAAUCCGUAUGGCAAGGAGCACGGCGCUCCCGUCGACGAGAACCGUCACCUGGGCGAUCUGGGCAACAUUGAGGCCACCGGCGACUGCCCCACCAAGGUCAACAUCACCGACUCGAAGAUCACGCUCUUUGGCGCCGACAGCAUCAUCGGACGCACCGUGGUCGUGCACGCCGAUGCCGAUGAUCUUGGCCAGGGUGGACACGAGCUGAGCAAGUCAACGGGCAACGCUGGUGCCCGCAUCGGCUGCGGCGUUAUUGGCAUUGCCAAGGUCUAAGCGAUAAUCUAUUCCGAUGUCGGCCACUGUGCUAUUUAGCACUACCACUGGAGAUAUGCAAACGAUAUACUUCUACAUAUAAUUAUAUAGCCUGUUACUUGAUACGCAACCUUUGAGGUUCAAUAAAUUGGUGUUUUGAAAUUGCCCCAUAAACAAUAUA